UUCCGGGAAUCGGUUGAAGGGUUUUAGAUAGCUGGAGGAGCAACAAGAAAAGCAGUGCAAAAUGGGAAGAAGAAUACUCAACGAUGCCUUGAGAACCAUCGUCAAUGCAGAAAAGAGAGGCUUCGCUUCCGCGGAGCUUAAGCCCAUCUCUAAUGUCAUGGCCUCUUUCCUGCAAAUCAUGAAAUACAGAGGUUACAUUAAGGAUUUUGAAGUUCAUGAUCCACAUAGGGUUGGGAGGAUAAGUGUGCAGCUGCUAGGGAGGGUUAAAGAUUGUCGGGCAAUCACUUAUAGGCAAGAUAUUAAGGCCCAGCACAUAGACAGUUACAAAGCUCGAAUGCUUCCAACGCAUCAGUGGGGCUAUGUUGUAAUUACAACACCAAAUGGAGUUCUGGAUCAUGAAGAGGCUAUUCGACAGAAUGUUGGUGGCCAAGUGCUUGGAUACUUUUACUGAAGAUUUUGUGGUUCUGGAGAGAGAGGAUUGUUCGUCGAGUGACAGCCAUUUUCUUCCUUUGUUUUGUAUACUAUUUUCUAACUAAGAAUGCUUAGGAAGAACAAUGAUUUGUGGAGCUCCCUUUUGCUAUAACUUCAGGGAGAAUUUGGUGAUAAGCAAUUGCGUACCAUGUACUUAAAUUCCGCGCUCUUCCACCCCUUUUCUGAAGUACCCUUAGGAAGUGAUUUUCCAUGGACUUGGGAGCACCGAUAAGUCCCCGUUUUUUU